UGUUCCGGGUUUCCUGAUUCAUAUGAUGUGAGGAGACCGAAGAGGAGAAUCUGGUGAUAUAGCGCUUGCAUUAACAAACAUAGUGAAGCUAGUUGAGUACAAACUAAAACAUUGAAUUUAAAGAGUAACAUUUUCUGAAUCAGCAGGUAACAGAAAGUGUACAGAAUUCAGCUUGUAAUGGCCGCUGUUGACAGCUUCCAGCUUUUGUAUAGAGAAAUUGCUAGAUCAUGCAGUGGUUAUGUGGAAACGCUGGCGCUCGUGGGCGCGUGUUACAUGGCCAGCAAAACUGUUAUAUUUAUGAGGGACUGCUAUAGUCUGAUAAGGCUUCAUUUUGUUCCUCGUCUUGUACGCCACAGAGAUCUUAGUCAGCAGUAUGGACAAUGGGCUAUCAUAUGUGGUGCUUCAGAGACAAUAGCAAAAGCAUAUGCGGAGGAACUGGCCAGGCAUGGCAUCUGUGUGAUUCUGAUUAGCAAUGACAUCAGCAGUGUGUCGGACACUGCCAGAUCCAUCUCAGACUCUUACGGAGUGGAGGCCAUUUGUAUUGAGGUAGACUUCAAUCAAGGCCCCUCAGCCUGCAAACCCAUAAAAGAUGCCAUCAGUAGUAAAGAUAUUGGUUUCAUCGUUAACAGUCUUGACGGGACUCUGGACAGUUCUCAAAGCUUCACAGAACUCUCUGAAUCCAUACUGUGGGACACUAUCAAUAGAAAUAUAGCAGCUACCACCCUUGUCACCCGCCUGGCAAUGCCUGCUAUGAUGGAAAGGGGAAGAGGAGCAGUGGUCAACAUUUCCUCAGGGCACUGCUUUCAUCCAAUUCCUAGAAAGGCUGCUUUUUCUGCAUCUACGGCCUUCCUCGAUAACUUCAGUCGCUCCCUGCACUAUGAAUAUGGUGAUCAAGGAGUCUUUGUGCAGAGUCUGCUGCCUUUUAGAGUCGCAUCUCAAAGACCUGAGGGUUCUGGUCCUGCUAGCUGGCUGGUGCCAAGCCCACAAGUGUAUGCCAGCCAUGCUCUUUCAACUUUGGGCAUCUCUCACAGAACCACAGGAUACUGGCCUCAUACUAUACAGUUUGGACUGGUGAAGAUGAUGCCGGAGUGGGUUUGGAUGCUGGGGUCACGAGUUUUCACAAUGGCCACCUAAAAGAGAUGCCCAUCCAUAUGAAAGACCAGAUUUUGUGUCAACAUGAGUGAUGAAAGUGUGUUGAAACUCACUCCUAUACUCAACUCUGUAUGAAUUGCCUCAGAUUUUCAGUAUAUUUGAUUGCACAACAUUUAGUAGCUGGAUCAGGAUGACAAAGCUAUUAUAUUUUUUGCACUAUUGUUACAUAUAUUAAAAAAAACAUAUGUAUGAUAUAUUGUUUUUGACUUGAAAUGCCAUUUUUAUGCAUUUAGCAAAGAUCAUGUUAAUAUUUUGAAAAGAAAUGGGUUUGUAAAUGAGGUAUUUAUUUGAAUUCCAGGUAUUUUUUGAGUGUACUGGCUGUACUCAGCAGUGACAGGGCAUAUUUUACUACUGAGUGUCUGAUUAAUGCAGUGUAUCUCAUGUAAUAAAGAUAUGAGCAAUAAAAAGCUU